CACAAACUCAUUACUCGCUGCGAAAUGUCGACUGUUUUCUCCUCACUUCCUGUUGUAGACAUCCACAAUCUCAAAGCUUCGACUUUGGACACUGCCGACCACCAGGCCUUAAGCCGCAAGCUGUACGACGCGCUUUCAACAACCGGGUUUGCCUACAUCAAGAACGCACCGUUGAGCUUCGGCCAAGAUGAAAUUUUUGAGCUUUCGCGCGACUUCUUCGCAUUACCCUUGAGCCAAAAGAUGAAGCUCGCAAAGAAGUCAUUCCGUCAAAGUCACACCAACACUUACAGGGGAUAUUUCCCAACUCAACCGCACCUGACACCAGACAAUCUAAAGGAGGGUUUCGAAAUUGGGAACCCUGCAGCAGAUCACAACAAGGCGACUCCUGCAAAAGCCCAGAAAAUCAAUCUUUCAGAAUCAAAUGUCUGGCCUGAUGCUCAGCUCUUUGCGAAACAAGAGCGACUUGAACAGAUAUACAACGAGCUCCAAAGGCUCGCUGCAAAUUUACUCUCUUUACUUGCGGCCCCGCUUGGAAAAGACCCGAAUUUCUUUUCAUCAUGGAUAGACGACUCACUGAGUACCUUGCGCUUGCUACAUUACCCUCCAGUUGCACAAACAGUCAGCCCCGGAACUAAACACGCAGAGCAAGCGGUACGAUUGAGCUGUACUCCGCACACGGACAGCGGCAUCCUCACCCUGUUGCAUCAAGAUGCUACUGGAGGACUAGAGGUUCUCAAUGCAGCUGGAGAAUGGAUCCCAGCGCCCUACAUCCCUGGCUCAAUUGUGGUGAAUAUAGGAGAUUUGAUGGCUCGUGUCUCAGGAUCCCGGUUCAAGGCGACCAUGCAUCGUGUGCGAGCUCCACUACCAAAUCCGGACGCAGCAGAUGCUCGUUUUGGCCGUUUCAGUAUUCCGUUUUUCUUUGAGCCAGGAGAGGUUUGUUCAGUGUCCAUAGAAGGUGAAGAAGACUCGAUAGUUUACGGCGAUUAUCUCCGGAGAAAGAUGGCGACUUUCGUCGAAUUUCAGGAGGAUAGCGGGUAUGACACAGGCACGACCGAGGAGUAGUACGCGAUAUCGGAGUACAGGGUCUCCCGUGCCAUUACUUGACGGAGGAAGGAGCAGUUCGUUUCUUUUGACUCUUGGGAUCAUCUGGGCAUGGGUCCGUGCUUAAGGUCGUGUUCAAGCUUCGAUGACACCAACAUCAUCAUGCAGUAAUUUAGUCAUCUUCUAGAAAGGCUGAGAAUCCAUCUCUUCUCCCAUCGGCAUUGCGGCGCAUUCCUGAGCCCCAUUGAGCAGGUAUAACCACGUACCGGUCCCAUGGAUGUACUCGCAAAGGGUUGCUGGGCAAAGAUGCAACCGUCCGUGGCCAAGGCCAAGUCGGCCUAUCCGAACCAGACAUGAGCGCUACACCUCCAGUGGCGCCAUGAGCUCUUUCGUUAAUUCGACAGCCGAGCCAAUCUGAUGGAACGGUUAUCAGAUUAGGACCCUAGCAUUGCUCGUAACUCGGUCGGAUCGUACGAAAUCAAAUUUUCUCCAGGCUGAGUACUC